AUGGCUAAACCUCUCCAAAAAGAGAGAGAAAACAGAUCGGCUGAGAAGAAAGAUUUAACUUUUCACGCGUACACUAUUUCACCGGAGAGUGCGCAUACAUCUAUUUUGCUUUUAGAGUCUGCAGAAAGCGAAGUACUAUGCCAGACACUUCGAGCAAUAACGAAAUUUUCGGCUCAGGAGAUGCAAAACCGCCAAGUCCUGUACGAUCUAAACGCCAUCAAAUAUAUUUUAAAACACGUAACUCACAAUGAGCUUAAUAUAAGAAGGUUCGCACUCAAAGCUCUGGCACAGCUUUGCCAGCUGCCCAAAGGCCCUGAACAAGUACUACAGGACCCUCAGAAUUUGAGGAAUAUUACUUACCUGCUCGUGAAGAGUGAAGAUGUUUUUGUUUUAGAAUUUGCGUCUUUAGUGUUAGCCGAACUGACUAGAGAGCCACUCGGAUGUGAACAGUUGGUUUCUGCAAACAUUUUGGGUAGCUUAUUCUCAAGAAUGAAAAACAGUUUAGAUCCGGAUGUCCAGAAGAAUUGUUUGCAGCAAAAACGAAAAUCACCUUUUUUCUUUUCCCCCAAGACUUUAAGCAACCUCCUGGAUGAUCCGGUGUGCGCCUCCGAGGUCACAAAGAACCAGCAAUUCAGUUGGCCUUCACCACUAGCUUUGAUGCAAAGCAAAUACCUGGCUAUUCAGCAUGCAGCUCUAAGGACUGUUGACCAAUUAAUCUGCAGAUAUAAAGACCAAAAUGUCCAGAAGACUUUCCGAGCUUCAACGGGCGUACUUGAUCUUUGUGAUAUUCUUGAGUCUUACGAAUUUCGUGACGUCCAUACGCUUGUUCUGGGCGUUCUUCGCAACUAUGUGGAGACAGAAGAGAAUGCCCAUCACGUGUUUCAGUCAGGGUGUAUAUUAAGGCUGCUGGCUUACUUAGAGAUGGCGCUACCGGCAAUGAAGCCUUGCUGUCUAGCUGUACUGACUAAGAUGUCUUUUAGUAACAAUGGUAGAGAUGCGCUAUAUGAAACGGGUACAGAUCUGGUAUUUUGCCAUCAACUGCUCAGUUCCAACGUGGAGCUGCUAGCGGAUGCCGCAAUGGGUGUGGCCAAUAUGACGAAGCUCUUACCUUCAGCUGUUCGCAUGUCUGAUACGAAUAUAAUAGAAGCACUAUGUGCUAUCUUAGGAGAUGAUGCUGCAGUUUGGUUUUACAUCAGGAUUAAUUCGUUACGAGCCCUAGCAGAGCUGUGUCGCAUUAUUCCAAAGGCAGCUUUCAGCCUCGUGGAACCGAAGACUUUCGCAGCUCUCAGGAAUAUCAAUAAGAAAUUUAAGGAUACCCCCAUAGAAGCUCAGCGUUUGGCCGUACAAGUGUACAUUAACUUACUGAACUACCACGUCAGCACUAAAGCCAUGCUUAACGGAGAUUUUAUGCAAGAACUACUGAAUAUUUUACAGCGCAUCGAUAUUUGUUUGAAGAUAAUGACUUGCACAGCCCUCACUGGACUAAUGGUUAAUGAUAUGGCGAAAGAACUGUUUACGCAGCGAGAAGGGGAAUCGGUGGUUGCCAGCAAUCUGUCUAUUGAACACGUGGGGCUCCGGACAGCUUUGUGUAUGUUAAUUACAGCGAGCGUCACCGACGAGGGAGCCGAUAUGUAUUUGGAGCUGGGAGCCAUACAUUAUAUGGUUGAAAACAGACAAGCUAGGUACGUGGUGGGCGCGUGGGAGCCUGCGAUAGAAGCCAUCUUUAGACAUCACCCGUCUGCUAAGUUGGCGUACACAGGCAGACUUGACAUUAACGAUUUCACUUCAGAAGGUUUUUACUGCUUCAAGCGUCUGGGUAAGCGAUUCCCCACGCUACAAGAGGCAGAAACUAAGCCACGCCUACCCUGGGAGCCUGUGUACGUCUGUAUGUUUCAUCCAGCACAGUGGGAUGCUUCUGCACUUGAUAUUAGAACGCCUCAUGAUCCUCCACCAGAGCCAAAUUUAGUGGCGAGUCAUUCCAGCAGGCACAUCCCAGCGUUGCCUGAUGACGUGAACUUAAGAAACUAUCUUCUCAAGCUUAAGUUGUGGUUUGGUGAUCCAUAUCGAGACAAAUGCGACGAAGUUUCAACAUCGUUGAAACAAAAGGCGCGGAUGUUGGCCGAGUUUGUUGCCGAAAAUAUGAGUGGACUCACACAAGAAAAAGAUUGCUCCUUGCCUAGUGUCGGCUUGCAUUUGACUGAUUUAAUGAUUGAGUUAAAUUCACCAGUAGUAGGCAUAGGCUGGGUGAAAUGCGGCGGUGCCUUAGAGAGGGCGAUACUGUACAAAGUGCUGGCGGAUCGUCUGGGGGUGCCGUGUGCGCUGCAUCGCACCACUAGCUCCUACGCGUGGUGUGAAGUCGCUGUACCUGAAAUUGAACCGGAGGUAGACACGGAGGUGGAGAACUUUCCCGCGGGCCUGCUUCGAGCUAACUAUGUAGUUGACCUGACAGUGAGACCAGGUCGCUUGCUGCCCUGUAAUGGAAGAGAAGCUCGAAAUAUGUGUGGACCUAAGUGUGCCCCGCCGUACACUGCUGGAACACGUCCAGAUAUUUGUGUUUGCGAGGCCCCAGACACAUCGGCUAAGGACGAUAAACAGCAGAAGAAAAUGAGGAUAGCAGAUUACUAA